CGCCUUCGUCGAAAAGCCGUACCACCAGAUCCAUCGACCACCCAUCCAGAAGAUAUAUGGCGCCAUCCAAGAUGAACCUCCUGGUGGCCACCUUGCUCGUCGCCCUCGCCGUGGCCACGCCACCGGCGGCGGCGUUCUCGUUCCCCGCCAUACUCCCCUGCCUGCCGUUCCUUCCUCGGAUCCCACUGUUCCCCUGCGUGGAGCCGACGCCGGCCGAUCAGCUGGUGCCCAAGGAGUGCCGGACGCCGCUGCUCAAGAUGAUGCCGUGCGCGGACUUCCUCACCAACAGCAGCGUCACGGCGCCCUCGAUCUCGUGCUGCGAGGGUUUCGACGCCGUCGGCAUGGACGGGGCGGCCAUCUGCUACUGCCGCGUCGCAAACGGCGACAUCCAGCAGCUUCUGCCGGCGCCGAUGAACUUCACCAGAAUGUUGUUACUCAAUGCUGAGUGCGGCAUCUCUUAUUUUGGGCUGGAUGCACUCGCUAAGAACUGCGACAGGAUCGAUGCGCCGCCGAUGACCGUGCCACCGCCGGCACCUUAGGGGAACAUCGUGCGUGUUGGACGGAAAAAUAAAGCUUUGGAUUGCAGAGAUGGGUGUGCUGCGCCUUAGUUUCGACAUGCUAUACUAGUAGGAGUUGCUUAGGGAGUCAUACAUAAGCUUUAGAUUAUGUGACAUCAUGUCAUUAAGGAUAGAUUAUUCUCAGAGUUUUUUUAGCACAAUUAUUCUCAGAGUUUAGCCAUAGGGAUUUGGUUUGGUUUCUGCCAUUCAAGAAUAAAGAUGUCAUCUUAAACUA